AUGUUCCGGCCUGCACAUUUCAAGCUCGAAGCGUUGAAGCAUGUUGAGGAUACCGUACUGCAAAAGCGCCUAGAGUACUUUACCCGCUUAGAGCAUAAGUACGCCCAGGACUAUAAGCUCAUGUUCACUCUGCUCUCGUCUGCAUUUAGCACCUCCAUCUCCAACGUUGGUGAUGAACACUUGCCUUGGGUGUUCGACUCUAGUAAUGGUUUCAACGGCCAGAGAGAGCUCAGGAAGGGCAAAACGUGGCUUUCAUGGUACCUCCUCGCUGAAGGCCCGGAUCUUUUUUGGCAGCAAUGGCACAGCCUACCUCACGACUUGCCAACCACGCGCAACUACAUUCGUGACAACGCUAUCGAGGCUUUCAAGAACACGCCGCAGAAACUAUCUGAUCACCAACGGAUACUCGCGAGCACGCUGCAGGAAGCCGUCGAUGAGCAUGCUCUUCUGAAGAGCGAGUUCGAGAAGUCGGAUCCAAUCCGAUACUUUGCAAAGUACGCAGAGCACAGGCUGGCCAGGGCAGACGCUGGGCUUCCACCAGCCAGAGAGAUUUUGCAUCAUAUCCCUUUUUUCAUCAACUUCAGGUGCCCAGAAGAAGUGGUACAAAGGCAUGAGGCUUUGGCGGAAGAACGGGAGAUUAGUAGAGCCAUGCAGACAUGGCCACGAUGA